GAUUAAACUUGGAUUCAUGUAAAUAUGGCGUUGCCUGCUCCUCCCGUUGCUCGUUUUUACGAGCAGUUAUCCGCAAGUACUUCUUGAAGUAUUUUUUUUGAAUCAUAGAAGCCAUACUGUCUCGUGGAAUGUUGAGGUAUGCAGAGCAAGAGCAGCUUAGAAGGGUGUGCUGCUGGAAAGCAAAUCUUCUGAAGCUGGGCUUCAUGCAACAUGGGCCAGUGUGUCAACAAAUGCAAAAAACCUUCCUCCACAUUAGGCAGCAAAAACGGAGACCGGGAAUUUAACAGCAGACCACAAAGCAAAAGGAACUCUAGCUAUAAGGACGACUUCAACUGUGGCAGAGCUUCUGAUGUUUUUAUUAAUGGUAGAAAGGAAAUGGACUCAGCAUUAGAACAAGCCUUGCUUCAAGAGCCAUGUGGUGAUAGUAGAAAAAAUGAACUUGGAUGUAAUGGAGGCGAAGCAUCAUUACAAAGGAUAGAACAACUGUUUAAGCAUUACAAGGAUGAAUGUGAUGAUGCCAUACUUGAAGAUGGGAUGGAGAAAUUUUGUAAUGAUCUUCAGGUGGAUCCAACAGAAUUCAAAGUGUUGGUCUUAGCGUGGAAAUUUCAGGCAGCUACCAUGUGCAAGUUCACAAGGGCCGAGUUUGUUGAGGGCUGCAAAGCGAUACAAGCGGACAGCAUUGAGGGAAUUCGUGCCAGAUUUUCUAGUAUUCUGAAUGAGGCAAAAUCAGAAGAAAAAUUUAAGGAUCUCUAUCGUUUUACCUUUCAGUUUGGCCUAGACUGUGAAGAAGGACAGCGGUCAUUGCAUAGAGAAAUUGCAGUUGCCCUUUGGCGAUUGGUCUUUACUCAGAAUGUACCCCCUAUAUUGGAACCAUGGUUAAACUUCCUAACUGAGAACCCCUCAGGAAUAAAGGGAAUCUCCCGGGACACAUGGAAUAUGUUUCUAAAUUUUACUCAGGUGAUUGGGCCCGACCUCAGCAAUUACAGUGAAGAUGAGGCUUGGCCAAGUCUGUUUGAUACCUUUGUGGAAUGGGAAAUGGAAAGGAGAAAAAAAGAAGAGGAUGCCAAUUGUAGUACUUGUCCUCACACAGAUGGUUUGUGUCCUAGUGAGUAGAUUAGAUGGUGGAUAUGGAGUUGAGGAGAAAGUGUUUUUCUCUCUCCAUUUGGGUCUUUUCUGUUGGCCUUUUCUUGUUCUGAGAAAUGAAGAGGACUUUUUUAAAAGUACGUUGCAACACCCUUCUCUGCCUUCUUUUUGAAAGGGCUUUAACUCAGUAUACUGAAUUAUGUUCAUUGCACUUUUUAUGAAUUUGCAUUUUUUUAGUAUUAUUGUUCUUAAGUGCUUGGUCUGUCCUAGUAAGUACAACAGCAAAGUUUUGUUUCAUUCUUAAAUGUUUUAUUCUUGUUUUGUAAGAAAUCAUUUUACUUAUGAACAGUGAUUACAAAAAGCUGUUGUAUUAUUCCCUGUCCACCAUUUACUGGUGCCAUUUCUGCCUUCCUCAAGCAAAGACAUAAAAUAUUUAUAUGGACAGCAGUGUCUUGUAUUUAAAAUGUAAUACAAAUGUAGUCUGUUAAGAGCUACCCUUCCCAUUGUCACAAAAGAUGUGGCUAACCACUUCUGUAGCAAAUUGAGCUGCACUACAUCCAUCACAUCUGUAUUACUUUUCUAUAGUUACAGAAGUUACUUUGUACAAACACUGUUUUUUAGUGGGAAGCCUGAUAAUGGAAUGAGAGCAGUUCAGCAAGGAUGAGAUGUGUUUUCCUUUAAAGCAAUGUGAUCAUAUUUACCCAAAAUUUUCAAAUUAAGUAACCCAUUUUAAGUGGAUUAAAGUAAGAAGCAAAAAUGGAUCCAAAAAUCAUUCAACAGUUCUAGCCCCAAGGUGAUGUGUGCAUGUGUCAUGCCUUCUUUGUAGAUGAUAGUGUGUGGUGAAAGGCUCCUGUAGCAAAACGUGAAAGCUGUACAGUUUGAGAAGAGGCACGACUGAGUUGACCUGAAUAUCCCUUAAAGGUAUUUAUUUCACAGCAUGACAUUGCUACUUGAAUGUCAUGUGAUAUACUGUACUUGAAAACAUGAGAUUGCUUUAAUGUUGAGCAUUUUAAAGAAGGAUAACAAAAUGCUUACAGUAGUGAACAGAUUAUUAAAUUGCAUUUACAUGAAAUGCCAGCAGUUGGACCCUGUACCUCUUAGCAGCGAAGCUUGAAGACAGGUGUUGCAUUUUAUUUUCUGAUAUUUGUUUCAGUAAAUGAAUGUUUGCCCAAUGAAUUCCUUUGUAACAUUUUCCUUACCAAACAGGAAAUAUAUGUAAGAAUUAUUUAGUUUAUUACCUUAUAACAUUAUUGGGCUUACUGCUGUAUACUUGACCACUUGAACCAUUUAGCUGUAAGAGGCAAGUGCCCUAUCUGUAAAGGUGUCACAGUAUACAUCAGCUUUUGUAGUUGUGCGCAAGUUUCCUUAGCACUGCUGACCAGCACAAUUCUCACUGCUAACUAGAAUAAGCAAACUCGUUGCACUGAUUUGUACUUGAUACAGUUUUACUAGGGUAAUGAUUUAAUAUGUAUUGAUGGGUUUUGGGGUCAACCUUCACCCACAUUGUAGUCUGUUACGUAUUACCAGAAGAGAACUGUAGUAACUGAGUAGGUGAAGUGUGUUUGCUGAUUUGUUCUUGGUGUGAGCUGCAGGAUGACCAAGUGGUAUAGUCAAAUAUCCAGCUGUUGGGGAACCCAUCCGGGAUAUACAUAUUAUUUUCAGUUAUAAUUUGUAUUUUUCCUUAUUUAGGUGUUACCUAAUUUUAAUAAAGUAAUGAAAACAAAACUCGUAUCAGUGGGAGUUUUGUAUAAUGUCAUCAAUUGUGUACCUUUUAGUUUGUAGUUGUGGUCAGUGGAUGUUCAUUGUAGUCAGUGUUGCAAUCCCAUCUUUGAGUCUCCUGUGUAUACCAGUAGCCUGACUGGCAUGGCAGGCCCAACGUCCACAGCUUUACCUUCCCCAUGACUUCAGCAGAGCCCCCCCAUCCAAACAGGAUACAGGGAUGCUGGUGGUGUAAGAAGUAUAUCUGCUGAUGCCAUCUUCAGAUCUUUCUUGCCAUGCAGUAGCUGUAGCCAUAUGUUUCACAGUGCUCUCAGUCCGUUCAUUGGCCUUCUAAAAGGAACUAGAUAAGCACCCCACAGGGCAUUUUUCAUUUUUUUGUUGCUUCUGACAUGGCUAAAUGUCUGAUACAGAAUCCAGUUCUGAUUCUAAGGUUGUUUUUAAUCAAAGUUAACGAUCAUAUUGUAUAUGGGAAACAGAUUCUGUGCAAGGGCGGUCACAAUUCUAAUUAUUUUGCUUCAUCCCAGUGCACAACAUGGACCCUUGUCUGUAUUGUGCCUGUUUCACACCAAGGACAAGCCAAAGAAGGCAUCAGGUCUCCAGGAGCUUGCAGCCAGGAAAGGGGAGCAUGUUUGUUUUAGUGUUGCCAUGGUGUCAGCAAAUACAUCCAGCAGUCUUCUGCCAAAAAAGUACUCUAACAACCACUGGGAGAAGUGCAAAGAGACUGAGGACAGUCCUGUUUGACUUCAGUUUUCCCGAGUUCAACAGCUCUGUUGCAGUGAGGUGCUUUUGCAGCCCACAGUCCUGGAAUCGGUCUUUGCCAAGACCUGUGACAAGACUGCUCCACAAACUUUUGUGUCUUAGAUGUCUCAUAUACCCUCCUUGGCAAGUGUUUCAGCUGUGCUUCCUGAAACUGAAAGCCCCACACUUUAUUUUGUCUGUGAAUUUGUUUUGUUUUGGGUUUUUUUUUUUGGUGGAUCAGUGAUUUUUUUUCCCUGGGGAAAAAAAAUCACUCUUCGUAUGUUUGACAUUGUGUGUUUUCAGUCAUUAGGAUUCAAUGUAAAAGCUUUCUUUCUUUUCAACGUUCAGCUAUCUAAUAUAGACCCUUACUACACAUGCCAUUUUUGAAACAGUAAUCAGUUUAGGGAAACUUCCAAGGUAGGACUUCUCUAUCCUGCAUAGUUUUUUCUCCUUGUUACCUCCCAUACUCUUUGUUUUGGAAAUCUUCUUAAAAUGAGCAACUACAAUGGUGAAUAUUACAGUGAAUGUAGUACAAUUUUGUUAAUGUACUGUCAUUGUUGAUACUACUGCUGCAGUCCAGGGACCCUCUUCUACCCCCAUGACUAAUCAAAACUGUUCCUUGUCCUAUGGGUUGGAGUGGCUCCAUAGUCCCAUCUGCACCUUCCCUCAAUUUCCUUCCAUGCUGUUCCUCCUGCUUGUGUUGCUCUUACUCCCUGGAGAAGGAAAUUAGGAAACUCUGGGGUGGACCUGGGUCACAUAUGGCUGUUUGUCUGUUCCACUAGGACUUUGACACAAAGGUCUUCUUCAUGGCUAUUGCUGGAGCAAGAAAGGUCAGACAAUGGCAUUGACUGAUGCAUCCUACUUAGUGAGACUCCGUAAAAGUCCUGGGGAGGGUUAACGCUCUGGAAGUUGAUCGGCAUGUCAAGGUUCCUAUAUGCAUGGUAUUCCAAGAGUGAGGACUGCAGUAGUGAAUCCACUCCUAACAUCUGCACUGAUAGUAAGUGCAUAACAGAAUUGUGUUUUCCCUCUGUUUUGUACCCUAGAUUUUAUACUCUGCUAUAGGGGUGCUUUGUUUUUUGAUGUACUGGUGUGAACUUGUUUCACCAUACUUCAAAGUAAUUCAUUCAUUGUUCCAUAUGUCAUUUAACGUUACACAAAGCAAUGCAAGUUCUUAUAUUACUUCUGUAGGGCCCUUUGAUGUUUUUGAUGUGUAUUAAAAGUUAUACAUUUUACUGUCAUUUAAAACUUUUCAUGGAUGGCACAGUGCUGAAUCUAUUGAAGGAGGGAUUACAGAGGGCAGCAAAAGCAUUAACUGGCACAUUUGGUAGAAGUGUGGGUGUAAAGUUGUGUAAUCAUGCUGUGUAGUUUCAUGCCAGCCUGUGUUGGAAAAUGCUAGCAGAAGGUGACCUGCUGGAUGUUGAAUUUACCUGACUGUUACUACUGCCCUUUGUAAACCCAAUCCAGGGGUUUUUAACCAUUGUUAUGUUUUGCAAUGUACUGUUGCUUGUAGGUAGGUCCCCAGUGCCUUCUCCAGUGUGUGCAGUUAGGGUGGCAUGAAAAUAAGAAAAAAUUCCAGGACCCUGAAAUUUUUUCAUUUCCCUUCUAGCUAAUGUCUGUUCCCGCUUCUCUACCACCAAUGCACCUUGUAAAAGGUCCUGUUACAUCCUUUAUCACUUGCAUGUACUCAUCUCUGUAAAUAUUUAUUUGAGAAGUUCCGUCAUUCCCUUCAUCACAUGUAACACUGCAUUGCUUACUUUAUCGGCCUAACUUUCCUACUUUGUGAAAAUUGUAGACGGUAUUCCCAAUACCUGGAUGGUGAUAGGAUGACCUGAAUAUCUUUGGCAUCCACUUAGCUUGCUUUUGGCAGUCAGUAAUGCUUUUUCGCAAUGAGUAGCAUGAUUAAGCUUGGGGGUGACUAUGAACCCCAGUCCCUUCUUUACUGCUAACCUUUAAAGGAGUAAACAACACAAGACAUAUAUUAACAUGUAAAUAUUAUUCUGAAACAUUUCAGAGCUCAAAAGUCCUACAACUUAAUGUUCCACAAGCAAAUAACUACUAAAUCUACUAACAUUAACCAAAACUAAAUAAAUAACCGAAAAGAAACUGGAUCGUCUUCAGGGAAGAAAUUACCUUCCCAGGGUAUAACUAUAUUCCUGCUUCCCUUUUCAGUGGCAACCCAGGAACAUUGGUUAAGUAAGUUGCCCACAGUUGCACAGUAGACAGAUGAGGGGAGAGGAAUAAAACCAUGUGUCCCCAGGGUACAGGAAAUAGCUUGCUAACAGCUUGGGGACUUAAUCCAUUGUGCUAACUGCUAGACAGGGUUCAUUUUGAGCAUAGUACUGGCAAAAACUGACUGCCAAAAAGCAUAUUUCUUGCAGAUUGGUGAAUUUUAAGGCCCUACCAGAUAUGUAUUUUUCAGUAGAUUUUUCCAUCGAAGUGCAUCACCUUGCUUUCUUCUCCUUAUGUGGUCUCCACUGCCACAUAUCCAUCCAUGACCUCUGUAGGGCUGCCACUGUAUGCUUUGCGUUUCUGGCUUCAUUUGCCCACCAUGCUAGUCUUGGUAUCCUGAGUGAUCUUGACGUCUAACCCUGAUAUGACAACUUAUAAGAAUGCUUUCCCUGACAGAUCCCUGUGGCAUUCCAUUAAUUACAGAUUUCUCUGCCCUGACAGAUCUAGGCUUAUUUCUGGCUUUUGCUACUGCCUUCUUCUGUAUUCUUUGCCAUUUUGGACCCCACAACUUCUACCCAUUAGUUUCCUUUCCAGGUUUCUGUGAGAUGUGAAAACAGUAUUGCUAUUAAUCACACUCCCAUCUACUACUUUGAUGUAACCUCAGAGUAAAAAUAUUUUAAGUUGUCAAGACGACUUCUGCAAAAGUCAUAUGUUGCCAUCCAUGAGAACUAGCAUUUAGGAUGUUUAGUACCAGACAUAAGAAUCACUUUUAAUACCUAUCUUGAGUUUGACACAUCUGUAGUCAUCAUGCUCUUUCUUCCAAUUCUUUCUGAAACAAAUUGGCUUCACUAUGCCAUUGCUCAACUGCUACUAUGGUAUCCUGGGAGGCAGAUGUCGAGUUCUUGCACUUGAAUUUGCGAUUGGAAUUGAAAAGAUUUGGAGAGUAGACUGAACCUUAGUCACAUUCGAAUCCUUAAUGCAUUUAAGCACAGUUGAUUUCUUAAUUAAUGCCUUUAAAUUAGACUGGCAGAGAUGCAUUUUAGGGGAGUCUUCUCUUUAUUAAAGUAGUUUUCCAUGAAUUGAGGGUUAGCAAUCAUUGACUAGAGGGAAUAGAAAGCAGAACAGUUUUCCCUGAUGUAAGUACCCACAGUUUCUAUUUGCUUGCAGCUGCACACCUAUCCACUUUGUCACAUUAUAUUUUUUAGUCAUCGUGAGUGUUUCAUUGUAUGACUUUUGUUAUUGAAAGAGCUUUUUAUGCACUUAAGGUGGAGUAUAACUGCUGUACUGCUGCUGUAGUGCAUAUAUGAAGCCUUCAACACAAGUUAUUGCACAAGUGCAAGGAGCCAGUGAUAGUAUAACCUGUUAUACCUAUUUUUAACUUUUUAUUGCAUUUUAAUCAGUAUGAAAUCACAAUAUAAUAUUAUAAUAUUUAAGAUAAUUAACUAAAAAACAAAAGAAACUACAUACAAAGUCCAUAAGUGUAUUCCAAGAUAAAUGUUUGUGUAAUGUUCGAUGUUCUGCUAUAUACCAUUUGAAAUUCCUUAUUACAUACAUUUUUUGCUAGGCAAACAAAUUCAGUAAAAGAGAAUAUAUUCUUACUUUUCCAGUUAAUUGUAAUAAUUUUCCUAGGUAUGUUUCGUUGUGUUUACUGAGUGCAUAAAAAAUUAUGUUUUACUUUUGUCAAAGUCCAUCUUUUUAAUAAAUGGCUUAUCAGCACAA